GGCAGGUAUGUUUGGUGUAUUGGUAGAUUGGUUUGAGUGGGUGCCUGACAUGCCAUGGCUUGAUAUUCCAUAUUGUAUUCUCAUGGCUGUGUUUCUUCGAGAGCACAAAGGGAGCAUAAAGUUUGCAGUAAACCACCCCAUUGCAUCCCUUGUGAUCCUCAUCCUCUACGUACAAGCUAAUGUUAUCUGUGUUCACCUCCUGCUGGGUCUGCCUCUUGUCGGGUGUCUUAACAACGCCUGGGACUCUCUAACUGCUGCUCUUUGUUGGUGGGGAGUGUUCUUCUGCCCUGGAGAUUUGUUCUACAAAGCUGUUCAGCUUAAACCAAUCCAGUUAGCGAUAGCCGUCAUCUGUGAAGCUAGGCACGCGAGGCUCGUCAUGCAUUCUUGUCAGGAAGGAAACCAAUACUUUCCUCAACACACCACUAUCAUAAUCCUUUGUGGAGUUGUUGACGGAAGUGCUGUUCGUCUGAUGAUGAGUUUGGACAGGAAGAUAAGAGGAGAAGCUGCUUGCGAAAGUGAUGGGGAAAACGAACUGAAACAAGUCACUGAAGUGACCAAAGCAUCAUUCGUGCUGGGAGUUUUCAACGCUUUGAUCCUCACGGGAAAGAUUCCUCUCACAGCUGCUGAGGGUGUGUUCUUUGGUGCUCUGUUCAUGGUCGCUCUUCUCCUCAACGAUAUUCUCCUCGGCCGAACUUCCCCCUUCAUUCCUAUUCAGGGUGCGUUUUGGAAAGUGGUUUGCUCGAAGCAUCAAAAGGUGGAAUAAAGCGCUCGCCUCAGAAGAUUGAGGACAAUAUAUAUUUAUUAUCGUAUUCA